GCACCUGCUGGGCCUGGAUCUUGUCCUUAAGCUGCAGUGAAGCUGUUGGUUGGUUACAGAGGACUUGACUCAAGACUUCGGUCCUGAGAGCUUUAUUUUUUAUUGUCUGUCUUUGAACUGAACAUCUGUGAUCACCACUGACCUGAACACACAUCUUGUGGUGGUCCCAUUCCCCACCUGCCACGGUGGUGAACAUGGAGGCAGAAUUUCCAUGGACCGGUCUCUGUGAUUUACCACCAGCAUGCAGAGAAAUGGGAUCCAGGCUGUCCAUCUCUACCAUUGUAGAUGCUAUGUGUUGCUUAGACCACAUGGCUGAAGAAACCCUGGGACUCAGAGGAACAAACAGGCUUAAUGAUGCCCUGGCAAAAAACACUAUGUUCAACAAGAGAAAAAGUGGUGGUACCAUCCUUGGUGAAAUAUGGCAUGUUCCAAAGACCUAUUCGUUCAAGAGUCCUGCAGGUAGCCCCAGCCUCCCUCCCACCCUAAGGAGGGGAGGAAGUCAAGCUGCCUUGCCCACACUGGUGGCAUCUGAAGACCACAAAGGGCAAGACAUGAAUGAAGAGAGAUAUAGCAAGAUCUCCUCUAGGUCCAGCUCUCCAGAUUUAUACAAGCUGCUGGAUCUCAGCUGGCCUGGGAAUUCUGCCCCACGCUUUCAGGCCGUGCAGGCCUGUAACAUCAAUAAGAAUUUUGAGGAGACAGAGAGCACGACCUGUUCUGGUGACAGUGACACAUCCGAGGACGACCUCUCCUACAUGGAGGACAUCACUUCUACCUCAGCCCCACAGGAUGACGGUGUGGAGGCUGAGAUUGAGGAGACUGGCAACAGCACCAUGCUCAGUCACGCAUCCCUCAGUGCAUUGUUCUUCCUGGAAGAUACCCACUGUCAACAGAUCCCAGGACCUCAGGAUGAUGCUGAGGUUACCAAUAGCUUCAGCACAUCUAGAGACCUGAAGGAAAUUGACCUACAGCCCAGUGAGAGAACACAUGAUGCUGUGGACUCUGUGGAUUCUCCCCAGAAUGAGAACACUGAAUAUGAAAACAGCAAGGGAAUAAUCCUUGAGGAGUCACCACCCAGCUUUAGCAAGGACCAGCCCCAGAAGGUAGCCACAGCCUCCAAGAAGAAGCAAAGAAGGGGCUGGAAAGGGGUGAGGAGGCAGAUUAGUCACCUGACUUCCAGUUUAUUCUGUUGCCUCCUCCCCCCAAAGACAGGAGACACAACCCCCACGUAAGGGACAACAAGCCUGGGCAAAGGAGCACAUGGACACUGAGGAGGCCCGGUCAGUGACUUUUCUGUGUAUGGAUCUUUGCUUUUGCAAGGCCCUUUGCACUGAUAGGCUGCACCCAUUUAGAAGUCAUGAACCCUAAGAUGCCUGUGACCCUAUAAGGAGCUUUCCCACUGUACCCAUUUAUGUGGAACCUGGGGAAGCUGAGCCUGAAGCAGACAAGCAAUGGAUGCAACCAGGGGCAGUGGAGGGAAGGGGAAGGGAGUUGGGCUUGGGGAAAG